AUGGGCUAUCUGUUCUACUACUCUCUCGUUCUAUCCGUAAUCGUCGCAGGAACGGCUCUCUACCUAACCCGCGCGAGAUGGUUCCAUCUCCUCCCGGUUCCCGAUUACAUCUAUGAUCGCCUUCCGUCCAGUUUCACGGCCGAUCUCGAGGCAGGCAUGAGCUCCUCACAAUUCGACCUCGCCGCCAAUGUCGCAGAGGGAGACACUCGAGCUGGUCUCGAUCAAACCGCAAAGCGAGAGAUCAAAAGAAUCAUGAGAGUCCGCCGAGUGACGUUUGACGAGGCGCGCCGAAUUUAUACGGAGCAACGGUUCGCAAAUAAUAAUAUUGGUCCCGAUGGUCGGCCGCGGGAUCCAAAAUUCGUUUCUUUCUCGUGA